CCGGUGAGUUCAAAUCCGGACGCGAUCAUCUUCUUUCUUCUUCUUAUCCCCUAGCUAGCUGCUGCAAGCCGUGCCCACCACUUGGCUUCGGCUUUGACUUUGUGGGAUCGAGUCAUCGCUAGCGAUCGAGGCCGUCCCCGUGCCACUCUCUCCUAAAUUAAUCAAUCCUCCAAGUAUACGCGUCUAUGUACAGAUCGACGACGUCCCUACGCGUGCGUAUAUAUUAGGGUUGCCGGACCGGCCUGCCACUUCCAAAAGUCAACCCCAUCCGGAGCGAGCUCAGCUGCACGCGUCCUCCUCCUCCCCUCACUUGGUCAAACCAAGCGCUCCAUCGAGCUCAACGCCGCGGUCGUCGUUCAUGUGCGCCGUGCAGCCGCGGCGCAUGGAGCACCUCAACGACUGGGACCUGCAGGCCGUCGUGAGGAGCUGCGGCACCUUAGUCCCCUCCUCCCACCCCGAAGUCGACCGUGCCGGCCCUCCUCCUCCUCCUUCCGAGGCGCCAGCGACGAUCAAACGGGAGCCGCGCGAGAUGGUGCGAGGACCGGUGGCGGCCAAGGACGCGUCGCUGUACGACCUGGAGUACCUGGACUUGGAUCGCAAGCCCUUCCUGAUGUCCGCCGCGCCGUCCUCGCAGCCAUGGGCUACGGCAGCGGACGACCGCCACGAGGUGAUGAUCUCGUUCCCCUCCGCGGCGUCCACGUCCGGCUCUCGGCCGCGCCUGCCGCCUGGGCGGAAGCCCGGCAUGCGCACCACCACCCCGCGGCCCAAACGAAGCAAGAAGAGCCAGCUGAAGAAGGUGGUGUGCGAGGUGCCGGUGGCCGACGGGGGCGUCUCCUCCGACCUCUGGGCGUGGCGCAAGUACGGCCAAAAGCCCAUCAAAGGAUCGCCUUAUCCCCGGGGGUACUACAAGUGCAGCAGCAUGAAGGGAUGCAUGGCCCGGAAGCUGGUGGAGCGCAGCCCGGCCAAGCCCGGCGUGCUCGUCAUCACGUACAUGGCCGAGCACUGCCACCCCGUGCCGACGCAGAUCAACGCGCUCGCCGGCACCACCCGCCACAAGUCCACCCCGGCGGAGGACCACCCGACGACGUCGCCCAACAGCCAAACCAAAGACGGCGGCAACGCCCACGGGGCGGCGGUGAAGUGCGAGGACGAAAGCAACGAGACGUCGGCGAUGGCUGUGGACUGUAGCGCCGACGACGCAGCGGCGGAUGACGAUAGCGAGUUCUGGCCGGCAGGACUGGACCUGGACGAGUUCUUGGCGCCCGUGGACGGCGACCUGGAUCAGGUUUUCGAGGAAGACGACGUCCUGGGACGACGUCUCUCGCUUUAGCUGGAGAGAUAAGUGUAGCUAUAACUUAUAUAGAAUUGACAACUUUUUGCCGUUUUUGCUCACCUAUUUGCGAGGGAGGGGUCACAAAGCAAGCAGUAUAGGCAUUUUGGGUGUGCGUGUGUAUGAUUUUGUCAUGGUCCCUCUCAACAGCAAUUGAAGAUUUCUUUUCUUCUGUCUGCU